AUGGCGGACGGGCGAGCCCGUCUGAGCGGGUGCGAGUACCGUAAGAAAGCGGAAGAGAAGAAACAGAGAGAACGUCAGUUGCUCGCGAAGACCGCGAAGAUCGAUAAGUUCUUCUCUAAAGGACUCUCGGAGUCUCCGAUCGAAACAGAGGCGGAGACAGCGCCGCCUGUCGAGCUGAGGAACGUUCCCCCGGAUUCGGGCACGAGUGUGGACGAUUUUUUUCCGAGGGAUGAUAGGAUGAACAAUGUCGAUAGAAGCUCAUCCACAGACCCGUCGUCUUCGUCAUUCACUUCUUCCGAAUUCGACUCGGAUCCAGCGAAAUGGAUUGUCAACGACGAGCUCAGAGAUUACGUCGCGCGGAAUGGUCAUCCGCAAAAUUCUGGCUCGGAUUUCAGUAACUCGAAGCGAAUCUAUCAAGACCAAGCGCGUUUCUUCAGCUCGAAUUUCCUGCAACGAAAGCUGCCGAAUGGUGAGAUAUCGAAUAGACAAUGGCUCAUCUACUCAGAAUCCACCGGUAUGGUAUUCUGUGGACCAUGUCUUCUUUUCUCAAAUUCGUCAUCUAUCUCCCUCGUUGGCGGUGGAUUCAAUGACUGGAAGAACGCAAGAACUCAUUUCGAGACCCACGAACAAUCGAGAGUGCACAAAGAAUCUGCGAUAACGCUUAAAACAAGAAGUCUCGGGCAGAAUCUGAGUUUAAUGCUCGAAUCAGAGCGGGCUCAGGAGGUGAGAUAUUGGAAGGAAGUUAUGAAACGAGUCGCCGCCGUCGUAAGAAAGUUGACAAGUCGCGGGCUCCCAUUGAGAGGUUCGAAUGAGGUUCUUAGGUCGUCGCACAAUGGGAAUUUCCUUAUGGUACUGGAACUCCUCGCCGAAUUCGAUCCCUUCAUGAAAGAGCAUUUGACAAAGCAUGGAGCUCAAGGUAGUGGGAAGACGAGUUAUCUCUCCUCGACCACAUUCGAAGAUGUUGUGCGAAUCGUGGCUCGGAAAUGCAGGGAAGUCAUCGCUAACAAGCUGAAAACAGCGAAAUACUUCUCUUUGAUCGUCGACUCUACCCCAGACAUUUCCCAUGUGGAUCAGCUGUCGAUCGUGCUGCGAUUCGUGCAAGAGAACGGCUCACCGUCAGAAUCAUUCUUGAACUUCGUCCCGAAUACUGGUCACACAGGCCAGGAGCUUUACGACGCGAUCACGGAGCAUUUGCUCUCCGCAGGCAUCGAUUUGAAGAACUGCAGGGGCCAAUCGUACGACAAUGCAGCGAAUAUGUCCGGUUCUUACAAAGGACUCCAAGCACGUAUUAAAGCGGUGAACGAAUUCGCCGAGUUCGUUCCCUGUUCAGCGCAUUCAUUGAAUCUGGUUGGCACAGCUGCGGCUUCCUGUUGUCCUGAGUCCACGCGAUACUUCAUGUUCCUGCAGGGAAUCUACAACUUCUUCUCGGCGACUCCGACGCGUUGGGAGAAAUUGAAGCACGAGACCAAACUCACAUUGAAAAGUUUGUCAAGCACCCGAUGGUCGUGCAGAUAUGAAGCUUGCAAAGCUCUAUUGAAGUCCUGGAAACCCAUUUACGAUACUCUGGAAAGCAUCUCAACGGACACUUCGGAAAAGGCGCUCGUUAGGGCGGAAGCGGGGGGCUUCAUGAAGCAGAUGUCAAAAUUCGAGACCGCAUUUAUGACGAUUUUCUGGGGAAGAGCCCUGGAUCGUAUAAACGCAGUCAGCAAGAAGCUCCAGCGAGAGGAUGCCGACGUCGAGUUGGUGAUGACUUUGUACGAAUCUCUUAUCUCAUAUUUUACGUCUCUUCGUGGAGAGUUCGCUGCAAACUUUAAGGAUGCCAGAGCGCUCUUCGGUGACGAGUCUCUAGAGUCGCGCGCAGCACGCACGAGGAAGAGGAAACGACACUUUGACGACAGCGACGAGGAUGAAGGACCCCCGGUUUGUACCGAAGACGCUCUCCGAGACGAAGUCUUCUUCCCGGUGGUCGAUUGUUUG